AAAAGAUUAAUUAUGAAAAUGUAUAAAUAAAAAUACCUUGCGGAGGUCUCUCAGUUAUUUAAGCAUAUUUAUAACGAAAUUAAAAUCGUGUUUUAAAGCGUUUGCAAAAAUUUCUUGUUUUCAUAUUAGUCGAUAAUUGAAGGUGCAAAGGGAAUUGAAAAGACACCAAACAAUUUCUUAAAUGAAAUUUUUUUUUAAUCGAUACAUUCGUUUUCGUGGAUUAUUAAGAAAAUAAAAAUAAAGUUCAAGGGCAAACGAAAAAACAAGAUAUAAAAAGAAAUUUCAACAACAGCAUUUUCUUCAGUAUUUUUUCACUACACAGUGGGUGGUGAAAUAAUUCCGAUUAUCUCUUCGUAGAAAUGAGUGAACAAGAAGAAAGUCCAAUUAAAAUUGAUAUAGAAGAAGAAAACUUGCCAUAUAACCAAAAGAAUCUACCGGAAAACUUAAAAAAAUGGUUUAAAACAAACAUACUAUUAUUAUCGACCGUUUUAGCUGUCAUUUUUGGAGUUAUUUUGGGUUUUUUAUUAAAACGAUUAAAUUUAUCAUCCGAUUCGAUAAUUUUAAUUCAAUAUCCGGGUGAAAUCUUCAUGCGAUUAUUAAAAUUAAUUAUCUUACCGUUAAUUAUAUCCAGUUUAAUAGCCGGAAGUGCGAGUUUAAACGCUCGCUUAAAUGGAAAAAUCGCUGUAAGGACUUUGUUGUAUUUUCUCGUUACUUCCGGUUUUAACGCCGUGCUUGGAGUCCUUUUAGCCGUUUCGAUUCAUCCCGGCAAUCCUGGUUUAAAGGAUACACUUGGAAAUGAAAUUCCGAAAAAGGGACUAAAUCGUAAGGGAACUUCGAUUUUAGAUGCUUUAUUAGAUUUAGGGAGAAAUAUAAUUACUGAGAAUAUUUUUCAAGCAACAUUCCAACAAGCUCAUACAACCUAUACAAACACAACUCAACUUCGUUAUGACCCAAAAAAUGACUCAUUUAACUCAAUUCAAAUAAUAACAAGAACAAUCAGUUAUAGAUCUGGAACUAAUACAAUGGGAAUCGUGUUUUUCUGUUUAAUUUUCGGCACGAUUCUUGGUACUUUAGGAGCAAAAAGUAAAAUUUUAAUACAUUUUUUCACAACGAUUUUCGACGUCGUCAUGAAAAUGGUGAAUUUGGUCAUGUUUUUUACUCCAUUGGGAAUUUGUAGCGUUAUAGCCGGUAAAAUUCUGUCCGUACACGAUUUAGGGCUGGUUUUAACAAAUUUAACAUGGUUUAUUAUAACCGUUGUCGUUGGAGUUUUUUUCUAUCAAUUAAUUGUGAUUCAAUCUAUUUAUUUCCUGGUGAUACGAAAAAAUCCUUUCAAAUUUUAUUUGGGAUUGUUUCAAGGGAUGAUCACAUCUUUUGCAACCGCUUCAACAGCUGCUGCUUUACCCGUUACCUUUAAAUUAAUGGAAAACAACUUAAAAAUUGAUCCGAGAGUUACAAGAUUUGUUCUACCAAUUGGGUGUAAUAUAAACAUGGAUGGAACUGCGUUAUUUAUUGCUAUAGCCAGUGUUUUUAUUGCCCAAAUGAAUGGGAUUCAAUUGAGUGUUGGAGAAUUAAUUACUGUUUGCUUUACAUCAACAGCAGCUUCCUUUUCCUCGGCUUCGGUACCAAGCGCGGCUUUAGUACUUCUUUUAAUGGUGUUAUCAUCAAUUGAUACUCCAAAUGAGGAUGUAUCAUUACUUUUUGCUGUAGAUUGGAUUGUGGAUCGAUUUAGAACCACCAAUAAUAUGUUAGGGGAUUGUUAUACAGCUGCAAUAGUCGAGCAUUUAUCGAAAGAUGAGUUAAAAUCAUCUAAAACUACUUAUCAAGAUGAGUACGUCGAUGAAGCAAGCUUGAAAAUAUUAAAAAAUGAUUUAUAGAGAAUUAUUUGAAUAAAAUAUAAUAAAUAAAUAA